UUUCCCUGGUUAGGUACGUUUGACGCCAGGUUGAGCAUGAACCAAACAGCGACGGCGCAGGAUAAAUGGGCCCAAACUGGCUGGAGGAUAGAGCAGAGGUAUGGAAACAAAGUGCUGGUAGGCAACUGGGCAGAAGAAAGACUUCAGUUCACCCGGGAGCCGCAGACAACCAGCAGCACCAAUCGUGUAGACCACCGGCCCCACUGGGACUUCAAGCCAGACGUCUCUGAGAGAAGAUCCGCCCUGCUGAGAGCUGAGGGGCUGCCAUCCAAGCUGCUAUUUGCCCACGAUGGCCCACCAUCCUCUCAUUACUUGGUCACGCAGUAUGAAGAAAGCUACCAGCGUGAGCACACCAAUGCUUUGCCCACUGCGCGACCCUGGCAUCCAGACAGCUUGACAUGGCAGCUUGAGAGGUCUCACCAGCCAAUUUCGGCCCUUCCAACCAACUCUGGCCUGCUGCAGUCCACAAAGCACCGUUUGGAAAAGCAGCAGUCCCACCUCCCGUCACUGACUGUGUACAGGUCAGCAUACCAGAGGCACCCACUCAGUGCCUUCUGCCAGAGCCGCUUUGCCAGGGCUCCACGCACCCUCUCCAGCCACCUCCAUGCAGCCAAUCGCAACAACAAGGACCUGGAUCUGAGGCGGCGCCCGCUACUACAAAUCCCAGAUCGUUGUUUGAGUCAACUUCCACAAUCACAAAAGGCUCAGAGACAAAACUGCGGCUUUUGAAUUGCCUCACACGCUGCUUGUUAAUUUAGAUGCUCUGCUCAAAGUGCUGCUGCUGUGUGGUUCCUCUUUUGUAUUAGUCGGCAUCAUGAAAAAAAUUUACCAGAGCAAACCGUUUGGGAAAUCAGAAGGAAUUUAAAAAAUUAAACAUGAUUCUCAUUAUGUCGCUGCGAGGACUACUGUAGGUUUACUGUGUGAUGUGUGGUGAGUAGUUACAGUGUUUAUAUAUACGAAUGUGUGUGUGUGUGUGUGUGAGAAGGAGAAAGAAGGGGGGCUCUAAAUUAUGUCCGCCCUUCCAGAGGAUAAUUACAUGCAAAUUCUCCCUCUCUGUGCACACUUAAUAUCUGAAACUCUGAACGGGCUAUUAGUAUUACCCUAGAUACUGUGUGGGAAAAAAUAAAUAAAUAAAUAAAACAAGCGCUGAUUCCAGAUCUGACCUGUGUACUGAGGCAAACCAGAGGCCAUGAGUCAUCUCAGGCAACAUCUGACGGGACGUGUCUAACUCCCAUUCCAUUAGGUGUUUUGUUACAGGGGAUCAAAGUGUUUAAUUAGGAAGAAUCAAAGAUGCUUAUGUUUGAUGGUCAACCAUCUGCGUCUGCCUCCCCGUCUCCCCGCCUGCCUGCUGCCUUGCAGUGCAGCUGAAGCCCUCUGUCUCACCCACUGUUUAGCUAGUUAGUCACUCCACUGUGCUGCUGAUGCCUGCAUGUCACAUGACGCCUCCGUGUGUUGUGGGAAGU